ACAAACAUUUUCAACAACAUCUAUCAGGCAGUUGAAAGGAAUCACAAUGAUGUUGAUUCAUGAAAGAUAAGAAGAAAGAAAAAUAUCGGAAGAUGCAAGCGGCAAAUUAAAAGUUGUCGUCAAUGAUGAUGAUUUCGAGUCAGCAAUCAAAUCAAUUUUACCAAAUAUACUCAAAUGUUUAAUGCCAAGCAAACAAAAGCGAGUUCAGUGACAAGAAAAAAAGAUUCGAAACAAAAAAUAAUAAUUGAAUGAUCAACAAUUGUUGUCUUGACCUCAAGAAGAAGAAGCACUGAGUCGUAAAAGUAUUUAUAACAAAUAUUUAAAAAAUUAAGUUAAAAAAGUUUCAAAAUUGAGAGGGAAAAAAUGAUUGCCCGUCGUAAUUGGCUACUAAAAUGUAGCAUCUUAGUCAACGUUGCCGUUUUACUGUACAUUUGCAGUCAUGUGAUGGUCGGCAAUAACACAAAUAACUUUGGAAUGAGCGGCACAGGAAGCAGCUCAUUUCUCAUACAACAGUUAGCACCAACUUCACAACAACAAUCGCAACCUCAACCUCAACAGCAAAAGUCAUCAUUGUCACCUGCACAAGUUUUACAAGACGAACAAGAGUUAGCAGCAAUCUUGCGGAACAAAGAAAUGGAACUGCUAAAACAGAUGAAAACAAGAGAAGGCGUUUCGCAGGGAGAAACUAAUGAGAUCAAGGAAUCGUGGAUAGGGAAAAUUCCACCUGAACAGCCCAACGAAGAGGAUAAUCGCUUUGAAAUACCAACAGACCAAGCAGUUCAAUCAAAGAAUGCUAAUGAAGUUAUCUAUUCAGAUGGCGUCGUUCCUAGCAAUAAUGCAAAUAACAGCGAACUAUUCACAACCCAAUCGAAUGAUUUAGAUACGAGAUUAAAAUUACUUUUAAAUUGCCAUAACAAAGAUUAUAAGCCAUACACAGAACAACGAGGUGACUUUUGGGUGCUUAAAAACUAUAUUCGAGCUGAACAUGGCGAACUGAAAUGUUAUGAAACAAUUACAUACACAACACAUGCUGAUUACACAUUUUUAGAUAAUUUAGUUCCACUUCUGGAAAGAUGGAAUGCACCAAUAAGCAUAGCUUUGCAUGCGCCAGGAACUGACUUUUUACCAACCGUCAAUGCCAUUAAAUAUCUUAGGGAUUGCCUUCCUGAAAGUAGCACAGUGCGGCAAUUUGUGACGUUUCACAUUUAUUUCAGCACUAAACAUGUACCUAAAAUAGUUCCUAGGCAAGAUAAAGUUCUCAUACCAUCAUUCAAUUGUUCCUUAAAUCCUCCAUUCUACAACUCUUCAUCCACAAUUCUCUAUAAGACUCAGAAGAAGUUAUUGUAUCCUGUAAAUGUUGGAAGAAAUAUCGCACGUGAUGCUGCAAUGACUCACUUUAUUCUACCUAGUGAUAUUGAAUUAUAUCCCAACCCAGGAUUAGUAAGGAAAUUUUUGGAAAUGAUUGCAAGAAAUGAUGCGCCUUUAAGAAGAAAAAACCCAAGAGUUUUCCCUCUUUCGAUAUUUGAAGUCGACAGUUCAGUGGCUGUGCCACGUGAUAAAACCGAACUUCAGGAAUUACUUCGAAACAAUAAAGCGAUUCCAUUUCAUAAGAGAGUUUGUGCAAGUUGUCAUGGUGUUCCUAAGUCAAAAGAGUGGAUGGCAGCAAAUGAAACUGAUGAUCUCGGAAUCUUUUACAUUGGGAAACGAACAGGUUAUUUUGUUCAUUGGGAACCAAUUUACAUUGGAACGCAUAUGGAUCCACACUACGACGAGCGACUAAGUUGGGAGGGGAAGAGCGAUAAGAUGACGCAAGGAUAUUCACUUUGUGUUCUUGAUUAUGAAUUUCAAAUUCUCGAUAAUGCUUUCUUGGUGCAUAAACCAGGAAUAAAAGUUCUUAAAAAAGAUCCCAAACGCGCGAUGCUUGCCGCUAAAACUAAUCAAUUAAUAAAGAAAAUAAUUUACCCAGAACUACAAGUCCUUUAUGGCACUCGAAAAGGAUGUGCUGUAUAGUAAAACGAACCGAAACAUGUAACACUCUUACAUGUUUUAAAAGCCUGACAUAUGGUUGGCAUUUUUUAAAAAUGUUCACAUAACAAAUGAAAAAAAAAGACAUUUUGUCCAAAACUUUACGAUGAUGAUUACCAUUUCUAUUUCACUUGUUGUUACGACUGUAAAACAUGAAACUAGCCUAAGAAGAACGUUCAUUCAAAGUGAGAUUUCGAUUGGCAAACUUCUCGAGUUACUCAGAUUGGUAUCUUGAAUCAUUUCGAAGAAGUUAUUUUAAUUAGUUUUUUUUUUUCAUGUGAAAACUUCUCAGUCAUAGACAAAGAAAAUUUUCGGAACGAUAAUGUUUACUUGAUUAAGAAUGAAAAGUGAUAUCUAUAAUAGUAUUUUUUAUACCAUGUUAGAUAAUAGGAGUCGAUUGAAGUUAGAAUUGAAUUUAAUGAAUCUUGAUGUCAAAGUUAUUGUCUCAAUUCUCGUUAAAUAGAUUUACGAAUGAGAAUAGAAAAAUGGGAGCCAAAACUAUAAAAGUAAAGUAUUUUGUUUUGUGUGAAAGUCUUAUUUAAUUGCUUUAUCGUUGAACCUCACAUAUCCAUAAUUCUUAGAAUUAUUUAUGCUUAUCUCAAGUUAAUAUAUUGUACCAGAUCAUCAAAGCAAGUUGAAUGAACAAAACUUAAAUAUGCGUAUUGAAUGAAUUGUAAACGAUAUUUCUGGUUGUAAUUAUGAUUAAUUUAUCAAUUGCCUAAGAUCAAACAAAAUCAUUUUGAUAUUUCGAAAAAUCAUCAAAUCGAAAUUAUUUUCAUGGAAAUUUUUUAUCAAAGGUUCUCAAAGUUUAGUUACAAAAAAAAAGUUAAGGAAAGGAAAAUUUUAGCACAAAAUUUUGAACAAAAAUCGUAACCAUAACCAAUUGUAAUUAUAAGAUUAAAGGCUAUUUCUAUUAAGAAAAGAACAAGUUAAAUACUGAAAAUCUUUCAAACAAUUGUAGGUUUAAAUAUUGCUGAAUAAGUUUUAGGUAUUUCAACACGACCAUCCAUAAAUUCAGUGAUUCUCAAACUGUUUUGGAAAUUUUUGUUAGCAUAUUUCGCAAGGCAUUGUAAUUAAAAUUUUUAUAUGUAUCAGUUGAAUCUUGAUUUUGUCAUUGCCUCUCAAAAUUUAAGAGAUUCUGAAUUUAUGUUGUCCAAAGUUUUGAAAAAUGUUAAGUGUCAUGUUUCCUUUCGCCAUUUAAAAUUAAAUCUGAAUCAAAAUAUUUCUCUAAGCAUGUUUAAUGUUGAAGAAAGAAAAACUCCAUUUCCAAACAAUUUCCUCGAUUUCAGUUAAUACAAGCAUUCAAUUCUGAAUACUUUAUCUCUUUGGUAUAAUAGUGCCUUAAAAGAAACUUACUGAAACCAAAAUGUAAGUAAAUUAAUUACGCAUUACUCUUUCAAACUGAAUGAAAAAAUGUUUCGUUCAAAUAUUAAUUUCAAAAAAUUCUAAUGAAAUAAAACAUAACUUCAAUGAGGAAACAAAAGAAAAUCUUUACAACAAAAUGUUAACGAACAAGUAUUUUUGUACACUUGAUUCAUGUAUUGAAUGCAUAAAUAAUUGUAUAGUUAAAAGUAGUGAUUAAGUUUUGAAGAACCAAGGGUUAAGUAAUUUAUUGCAGCAUUAAAGCAAAAAUAAACAUUAAAAAUAUGAUUAAUGAAUCAUAUUUAAAGUCAAAACAAAC